AUGGCCCAACACGGAUACGGCCAUUUUGCCUCUGCCCCUAAUGGAGGCAAUAUCGAUCCAAACGACCUCGCCAUGAAUGGUGGAUACUCUCCCUCCUUCUCCAACGGCAACAACUUCAACUCAGCUUCAAGCAAUGCCCCAAACGGCUUUUCCAGUGGCAAUGCUGUUUUUGGCGACGAUGAACUUCUAGAUGGACUCGCGUCGCCCUCAGAUGGCCAGCCGGGUUUCCACGGCCAAGGUCAAGACUAUGGAGGCAUGAAUAUAGGUUUCAACCAAGGCCCCUUCGCGUCGCAACGAGGCUCUGGCUUGCAAAUUGAUCCAAGCCAGAUAAACGGCUUCUCCCAAACUCCCGAUGGCGAUCCAAUCCAAAGCCCCUAUGCUGCUGGCUUCACCGCUCAGUUUCGUCAGAUGCAAAAUAACCACUCUCUGGGCGGCUCGCUGCAAUCACCAAUGUCGUACUCGGGCUCCCCAUUAACCGCAGGCGAUAUGGGUGCGGAUGGUAAUGACAAUCAUUAUCUCAAGGCCAGAGCCCGUAUGUCCCAGCAGAUGCAACAGAAACCAUCCGCCGCUCGCAGCCCAAUGACGCCCAAGACCAAUAGCAUUCACGGGAUCCCUAUCGGCUCCCAGGAUUCAUCCGGGUUUGGACCGCAGUCCAUGCGACCGUCGGGCAGCCACGAGAAAUCUCCCUCAGCACAGUGGGGCAACACUCCCAGCGGAAGUAUCCCUGCGUCUUACAAUUCUGGCUUCUCCUCGCCCAUGCAGCAAGGCAUGAUGCCCAUCAAUGAAGUCAUGCUCAAGGGAGGCACCUCGAUGCCCGCCAAGCUGGGCGUCGCUCCAGGCGCCGUGUCGUCUCAGGAGAUGAAGCGCAAGCGACGCCGCGAGUCGCAUAAUCUUGUCGAGCGUCGACGCCGCGACAAUAUCAACGAAAGGAUCCAAGAUCUUAGCAAACUAGUUCCUUCACACCGGUUGGAAGACGAGAAGAUCCGCAAGUUGAUUCAGAACGGAACGCCACUGUCCCCGACUCUGACGGGCAUGUCUAGCCCCGGUCAGGCCACAUCCAGCCUGGCUGGUCCUGGUGCCCGUCGAGCUGCCGGUAGCAACGCUGGUAACAUCACCACCGGUCUCCCAAUCGAGGAAAAGGAUAAGGGGCCCAACAAAGGAGACAUUUUAAACGGCGCCGUCAGCUGGACUCGCGACUUGAUGUGGAUGCUGCACCUCAAACUUCAACAGCAGGAGGAACUGAUGAAUACCAUUGCCGAGUUGGGUGGCCACUUCCCUUUUGAGCUCACGGAUGACGAACGCCGUAUGCAAACUGAGCUGAUGGAGGCCAUUUCCAAGAGUGAAGCCGGUAAUCUCUCCUACUCACGCACUGCAGGAUCGGGUCUCCGGGUGCCUACCCACACUGAUUACCGUGGCGAUUCCGUGACGAGUCUGGCUGCCAACCUCGAUGCCAUCGGUAUCACCCCAGAGGAAAACGGCAACCCAGUCGGUAUGGCGAGAGACAUCAAUGACACUGCUCAUUUUUGGAAUGACCCGGAUGAUGACGGCAGCGGCCACGCUUCUCUCAAGUUCAAGGAAGAGGAUGAGUACGACAUGGAGCUCAACUAA